GGCUCGAGCACUCUACGCAUAGCCACCCACCCCGCCCACCUACAGCCUACGUAUCACACACUUUCUUAGUCCACCGGCCGCGGGCCGCCAGAGGCGACAUGCGGUGCUCCGUGCGGGCCCUCGUCCUGCUCUGCUGCUGCGCCGACCGGCGCGCCACCGCCCUCUCCGCCAGGAGCUCGGACCUCGACCAGGAGCGCAGCAGUCUCUUCGACAGCGGCAGCGCUGACACCAACUCCAGCACCCUCGCCGCCCGCGGGGCCACGCCGGCCGCCUCGUGGACCAGUCUGGGCUCGGGAGACUGUCUCACCUCCUCGGGGGUGACCCCCCUGCGCUACUACAACGGCGCUGCGGGAGGCGCCAUGAGCGACGACGAGUGCAAGGCUGCCUGCGAGGGGUUCUCGUGGUGCGAGGCGCUCUCACGGAACAAUCACCAGGUGUGUGGAGGCAAGUGUUGCGUUCUGUACGUCGGUUACGACGGCCCCGAUCCAGGGGUCAUUUCCGGUUGGGGCCAGCAGUUGGUUGGCAACCCCACGAACAUCGGGGAUACGACGGCGGGGGGUUCAUUACCAGUGGGCUGCACCAGGAUCACCCGCCCGG